ACUGGUAAAAACUUCUUCAAUAUGCCGAAACGAGCAGCCGAUGAGCCUGGAACAUCAACAACUGACCCAUUUCACGAGCAAAGCCCAUUCGAUGCCGUGUUAGCCGGCACGGAGACAACGGAUACAAUAUGUGAAGAGCCACCAGCAAAACGAAUCGACUUAGAUAUAAAGCAAGAAUUCAAUGGUGGAGUGCAAAGUGGAGGGCUGAUUAAAAAUGAAUCCGAAUUGACUCAAAUGACAAUCAAACAAGAAACAGAAGGAAACAUAAAUGAAGCUAGACGAGAAGAAGAAGACGAAGAACAAGAUGAAGAUUCCAGAACAUCAAUGCCACCUGCAUUGGGAGAAGAUGAUGAUUAUGAGGAGGAUGAUGCUGAUAGUUUUAUUGAUAAAACUAAUACACCGCCACCAUCACAAUCAUUUCUGGAAGGAUGUCGAGCAGCUAAUUUACCAAAUGACAUUGUUACUGGUGCAUGGGAAACGUACAACCACGCGGUUCAACGGGUUUCUCUUGAGGGUUCGGAAUCGGCGUGGCAACUAUCAGCAAUUUACUAUUAUCUUCUAUCAAAAGGAAUAAAACGUCGUGGAAAAACAAUCCGUAUUCUCAUUCAACCGUUUCCUGUUUCGAUACUUACAAUUGCCAACUCAUUUGACAUAUCCGUUGCUGAAAUGCUUGACAAAACUGCUCGAUUUGUGGAAAUUAUACAUUCCAGAAAAAUUCGUCGUUAUCAAGAAUAUAUUCGACGAAUUCAAGAAGGACUCGCAGUUUCUUGUGUGAUAUUCAAAAAGUUUUGCCGAAUUUUCUGCAAAAUAUUCGAGGAGAUCAAAGUUGGAUCCGAAAAUUGUCCAUCUUCUCAUGAACUUUUUACGGUUCUUUGGACAUCUUUUCUGGUGAUGAAAAGUCGAAUGACAGUGGACGAUUUGAUUUCAAAUUAUCAACUUCUUUUUUCAAUACUUGAUCAAGUAUAUACCGAAAUGUGUUCAAUGAAAGAGGGAAUAGUUCAUCAUUUGAAUCAAAAAUUUGUUGAAGAUCUUCUUGAAAAUGAUUGUACGAUUAUUCGAGCUCUUUGCACACAAUUUGGUGGAAGUGUUCUUGAUGCACGGCACUUUUCUGAUCAUACUUUUAAGAAAAUGGAGAAGACUGGAAUUCCGUCCACUUGGAAUUUUCAAGAGUUUCGAGAUUUGAUCAUGAACGUUCCAAAAACGGCAUAUGAGAAUUAUCUAUUGCAACGUGGAAGUAUUGAUGAGCGGAUUUUCAUUCCAAGCGUUGAGGACUUUUCAAAAAUUUUCCAAUCCCCGGACACAUACUCAGUAGCAGAUAUUCUCAAAGUGUCUUACUCUGGAAGACGUUUCCGUGAUGCAGAAUUUCUUACAAAAAUCUCAAAUAAUCAUUGUCUGGAAAAGUUGGCAUUAGGUGGAAAAGUAGCAUCAGAAAAGUUGGUAACACAGUCAAAAGAACAGCCGAGAGUUCCGUGUGUUGAGUAUAAUCUCGAAUUGGGAAAUUAUCCAGACGAUUUGGAAUCGAACAAUCAAAGUCUUUAUAAUAGAUUGACAAAAAUUAUUGGAAGCUGGAAAUUGGAGAAUUCGAAACUCGAAGAAGUGUGUGGCACAAUGUCCGACAGUCCAAUGGCAACAAUUCUUCUGAAAAGUGAUGAAAUGACAAAUAAAUUCGAGCGAACUUUAUCUGCAGAACUCGGAGAGACGAUCAAUGAGAAUAUUCCUAAAUAUCACUAUAAUGUUCGAAAAGAAUUGGAAUUAGUUUUUCUCAUUUUCAUGGAGAAAAUAAUUGUUGCAGAAUUGAAAAAGAAAGUACGAGAGGAGGACUUGCUGAAUGUGAUUCGUCGGGAAGAAUUUCUUGAUUCAGUUUUCUGUUUCUGUGUUGAACUGAUCCUUGUUUCCAAUGGAUAUGAUCGUCCAUUUCCAUGGAGUGCUGAACUGUGUGGAGUACAUCCAUUUAUGUUUCAUAAAGUAAUUGAUUUGAUGAUAACACAUGAGAAACAGCUAAGUCGUCAAAUGGUUCAACAUUUUAGUCGAAUUGAAGAAACUGUAAUUGAGUAUUUUUCGUGGAAGUCUGAUAGUCCAUUAUGGCCAAUGGUUGUCAGGUGUCCAUUUGCACAUUUUCAAGAAUUCGGAGAGGAUUGGGCUGAUAAAUUAAACUCGUACUCACCAAUAAAAUUCACUCCAAUCAAGAAGCCUGAUGAUCUACGAGACGAACUUGGAAGACCUAUAGUUCCUCAAAAUCAAACUUCAAGAACUCUAAGAAUUUUUUUGAAAAGAACUUAUUUCACCGCCGCUCGUCGACUUCAAGAUCUCACUGAUCGUGUUUCAAUGGGAGCUCGUGCAAAAUCACAAUGCUGGUCACUUUUCGAUUAUCUUCUUCGCAAUGACACUUUGAUUUUUAUGGAUAGACAUCUUGAUCAAAUUCUUCUUUGUUGCGUGUUUGUCAUUAUGAAGAUAAAUGAGUCAUCAAUGCUUUUCACGGAAAUAAUGGCUCAAUAUCGACGACAAUCAGCCAAUUCUUUGCUGGUCUACCGAAGUGUUACAGUAUUCCAAGAACAACUGAAUCCCGAAAAUCCACAGGCAGUAAACACGAAGGAGACAAUUUUGGAACGUCUUGAAGGUCCACAAAAAGAAAAAACGACAGUUGAUAUAAUCAAAUAUUAUAAUAUCGAGUUUCGGGAUCGUAUCAAGUAUAUUAUCGGUCAAAUUGAUAGUGCUUCAGAUGAAGAUUUGAUGGAAAUGCCGGUUGCAACAGAAUCUGGAUUGAUGCCUGUUCGAGUUUAUUUAACACAUAAAUUAUCGAUUCAAACGCUUCCAAAAACGAAACACGGAGAGUCGAAACAAGAAAGAGCUAUUGCGAACCUUGAAAAAUCUGGAAUUACGAUCGCUAUGGAACGGUCUGGAGAUUAAAAAUGAUUGUUGUGAAUACUUUGAACUUUUUAAUGCAUUUUUGAUUAAUCAUUUAGUACUUCUUUUCUCGUCUAUUUUUUUAUCUUUUCCUUCAAAUUCAGGCAAGUAAUUAUACUUUCCAUUUCUAAUUGAUUGCUUCAAAAUAGACGUCUAGUUAUAUUCAAAACAAUCCCCCUUUUGAAUUGGAAUCUUCAAAUAUCGUAUUAAAUAUUAAUAUUGUAAUCAUUUUUCACAAUCCCCCAUGCCAUUAUUGUUACUGAUUUUUUCUCUCUUUUUAACCAUCAUCGAUAAAUUCAUUUUACAGUUAU